AAUGAGCUCAGCUGACAAGCGAAGAUGAACACGGUAGAAGCUCCUUUAAAAGCAAGGCGUCGGAAGGUGAUUGGAUGGAGAAUCAGACGGACAGGAUGCUGAUUGGAAGGCCGGGAGACGCACCGAAGAGUCACUGGAAGGUAGAGGCGGUGAAGGUGAGUCUUUCAUUCUAAAUUUUAGUCAAAACUUAGGCUUCCUUCCAUAGUCCAGAAACAUGACUCGUUAAUUGGUCUCCCUAAAUUGCCCUGAGGGUAUGCAUGGUUGUUUGUCUUGUGUGUUUCUGUGUACCCUGUGAUGGACUGGCAACCUUUCCAGGGUGUACCCCGGCUCUGGCCCAUGAGCCUAUGAAAGAAGCGGGUAUGGAUGGAUGGACGUUUGAGGCAGCAAAGAGUGACAAGAAACAGUUUGGUUUAAAUAUUCACUCUUUCACUACUGGUACUGUAAGUGUACGGUCACAAUACAUGAUAACAACCAUCACAUUCUGUGACCGCAUUUAUUUAACUAAUUUAUUACCUAAAUAUGUCAGUGUAAAAAAAAAAAAAAACACAUUACAGUGUUAACAAAAAAACAAUGUUCUAAAAUAUUUUAAAGAUAAUAAUGUGCAUGUGCACUGUAUUUGUUGUCCUCUUAUCAUUUGAGAGUUGAUUUUAGGUAGAAUAUUUUUUUUAAGUGACAUUUUUAACAGACGUUCAGCUUUUCCUUUUUUUCUUUUCUUGCGCCUGUUAAUUCCAUAAUACUUAGGGUAUCGUCCUCUGUUCCUCUAAACAAGCAGCACCUAUUUAACAGCUUAAUACUUUUCCAUUCAUCCGCGAUUUGUGAGCAAAAUAAAAAUUUUCAUCUAAUGUCAGAAUAAACUUGGAGUUUUCAAUAGGAGACUGCUGCAGUUAAAUCUAUUUCUCCCGCUAAAACAUGAGGACAUUAGAGGCAUUUAGUGACUGGAGGGUUCCUUCUCAACCUCGGGGCCACAGGGGGUCACACCUGCCACUAAAACACGGAAUCUUUUUCCUUUUUUUCUUCUUUAAAUUAGACAUUAUUUCUUUGAGCUGCACACAUUUCUCCUGACUGCAGAGAGUCCAGAGAAACUCUUGGAACCAAGUUAUUGUCUUGGUUGUUUUCCUUUUUCACUAUAAAACCUAGAUAAGUUAGUUGAACUCAGUUUGAGGAACCUGUCUUAAACCAUUUAAGUCUUGUAACUUAAAUAAUUCAGUUUACAAAAUGCUCCACCCACGAGCAUUUUUCUUUAGUAUGAAUUGUUCCGUUGAUGGUUAUGACAUCACAGUGUUUCUUGCCUUUUAUGACCCUGUGACAGAAUAAUUCUUUCCUUCUGGCACUUUCCUUGUGAGAGGCAGACAUACUUUAUUGCGAGAAAACAAGAUAGCUUGCGAAAAAACCGAUAUAGUUUGCGAUUAGUCAAUAAUCCUAGAGUUUGCUUUACCAACUAGUGCAAACUAAAGAAGCCAUGAACGCCUCCAUCAGUUCAAAGGCUCGAGCAGUCCCAGUUAUUUCUGUGGACAAGAUUAAACCAUUGAUCGAAAACCUUUUGUUGUCCAUCUCAUUGGAUCAGAGCAUGAAUUUGGCCUUAGGACAACCAGAUGGUGACACCAAAUCCAAGUUAAAGGAGUUGCUGUUGAACCUCGUUCAGGAAUAUAGCACUUUUGUUCUGUACAACAUCCGCAAAAGACGCAUGAGAUCUGGAGAUGUGGCGGCCGUUGUGGGCAAUUCCCUGCUAAAAUCAUUUGCGGACGUCCUUGAGAUUAAUGGAAAGACUCACCCUAAGAGCUUUGAGUGUUUCCACGAGUUAUUUGUAAAACAGAUUAAAGAAAAGGUGAGAUCUUCAAUCUGCUGCAUGGAUGAUCAAGAAGCUUCUUUUGUCCUGCAAAUUGUUGCGGUGAACACAGUGGAUUCAAUGCUUCCACACGCAAUCAAAAUGAUGAAGGAAUUGCUAGUCUGGAAGUGUAAAGAAGAUCGCCAGACCGUGGAGCAAAAAGCCAUCCAAAAUCCACAGAAGGAAGGAAGGAAACGCAGAUUUGGGAAGUCUUCUCGUAAGUACCACCAUGGACGGUACAGGCUGUUACCGGUCAUCCCAGAAGAACCAGAACUUGAGUCCACAGCUGAGGGCACAGAUAAGAAUAAUUGUAUUUUUGAGAAUCAGGAAUCAGAGCUUAAGAUGGUCGAUGAAUUCAUCUCUGAUGAGAUAUCAAAAAUGACCAAGGAAAAGGAGUCAGAGUUGACUAUAAUGGAGGAAUUUAUCUCUGAGGCACUGUCAGAGGUCACAGAAGAGAAAGAGAUCUCUGAAAAGCAACGUUUUGAGAUCCCAGGGAUUUCAGUUGAUAUUAUUCAACCCAUUGAAAAUCGUUGGUUAGGGGAUAGAGCUGCCCCACUAUCCAUUGCAAAACAGAAAAACAAAAGAGUUGGAGACAGAAUUAAGAAAGUCCUUCAAAAAUACAGUGAGGGACGACGCAACAGAGUUGCGCCAAUACUGUUAUCUGUCAUUCAAGAGGAACAGGGAGAUCAUGAGACAGAAGUUACAGCGGUGCAAAACUUCUCAACAGGGCUAAAAGUCAUUGAUGAGGAGAAAGAUUCAGAGGUGGAAAAAUCUGUGUCUGAGGAGCAGAUUCCUCAAGUAAAGGAGCAGGCUCAAGAGGCUACCACAGAGGUUGUUGAGCCGCUAUCACUGGGUUCAGGCUCACAGAAGGAGGAGCAGCAGUCAUCCAUCAUCCUGCUUGUUAAUGCGCUUGUUAUGCAGGCUGUUACAAAGUCAAAUAUAAGCUGCCACCACAAACUGUUUCAAGCCAUCACCAAAAGGCUGUCUGAGAAAAUCUAUGCUGAGGUGGAGGAACAAGACUUUCAGAACAUCCAAAAUCGUCUGAAUAAACUCAGCACUAACAUAUUGAGAAUGGCCUCUAAAAACAUUGGCUGCUCACCAACAGAUGUUCUUUUAUUUUUGGGUUUAAACGACUCAAACGUGGAUGAGGUGAUCGUUUCUGUGUGCAAAAAGGAAAUAUUGAAGCCAGCCAAGGAACCUAACAUCAUCAAAAGUUUUUUCUCCUCUGUUGGCAAAGCCUUCCUCAAGCCCUUUAAAAACUUCUGAGGGGCAACAAGGGGGGAAGUUCUGAGGGGCAACAAAGGGGGA